ACGUAUUGCGCAAGAGGAGAGCUGCGCCGGAGCGGUAAAGAGCAUCGGUGUCCCCACCCGUGGAGCAGCGCGCAGGUCCGGGAGGGCAGCCUCGGCAGGGGACAGGAGCCCCGAGGCACGAGCGACCAACGCACGAGCUGCCCUGCCCUGCGGGCCGCGCAGGCUCCAAAAGUAGGGGGAAAAAAAGAAGUAAAACUAAUCGCCAACGCAACUCUUGAGUUGUGAUCCUCCUCUGCGCCCCCCGACUGGCCCAUAUGGACCAAUGCUGCUGCUCUAUGGCGCCUGAGAAUGUGGCGCGCUUGGCGCCACCGCCGCCCGACCGCUGCAGCAGCGGCUUUAUCGCGGGGAGCCAUCUAUGCACACACUGCUAAGUAACAAUAAAACAAGAAAAGAAUGAGCCCCGUUCUCUGUUUUCGCACGCCUGUGAGGAGGUGUGAGUUUGAACGGUAGUGUCAAUGGGAGGAAGGGCCCUCUUCCGCGGCGGGGCUCUGCUCUGCACACAAAAGCGGCAGUGGGGGCGGAGGAGGGGCGAGCGGGAGCGGAGACAAUGGCGGGCUGUCGCCUGUCGGCACCGCGAUCAACACGGUUAUUAUCGCACUCUGGGGGAGCCGAGUGUGGGAAGUGCAGCGUGCGCUAUACGCGCGCUAUACGGGCAGAGAACCAGUGCGGGAAUGCGGGUCCGGAAUGGGCGGAAUGAGGCAGGACAGGCGUGCGUGUGUUUUCACUUUUACGUUACAUGACACACGGUGCGCUUCCCUUUGCAGGCCCGCCGAGCGCGCCCGAUGGCACGCCCUGGCCGCCCCGGCGAGGACUGAGGCCGGCCGGUCGCCAUGCUGCGCCUGCUGCCCCGCCGCGGCCUCGGCCCCCGGCGCCUGGUCGCGCCCCUCGCCUGGUCCACGCUCCUGGCCUUCGUGUGCUUCGCCACGCUGGGCGGCCUGGGGCUGCGCUGGGGGCCGGCCGCCUCGCCGCCGCCCGUGCUGCCGCUGCUGCUGCAGGCCGCCAGCGCCGCCCCCGCCCCGCGGCACGUCACCAGGUCGCUGACGGAGCUGGGCCUGGCCGGCGCGCUCGCCCCGCACGGCCUUAGCGACUUCGCGCUGCUCUUCGUCCGCGCCCCCAAGGCGGGCUCCGAGCUGCUGGCGCUGCUGCUACAGCGGCUGCAGGCCGCCAACGGCUUCCGGAUGCUGCCGCUGCCGCUGCCCCCGCGGCUGAGAGGCGCGCGCCUGGCCUCCACCGAGCAGGAGGAGCUGGUGGCCCGGGUGACGGACGGCCUGCGCCGGGAAGCGCUCCCCGUGGCCUUCCACGGCGACGUCUUCUUCACCAACUUCACCACCUUCGACCGUCAGUCGCCCACGUACCUCAGCCUGCUGCGGGACCCCGUGGACCGCGCUCUAGCCGGCUUCUACCACGCGGCUGAGUCUACCACCAAAACCCAAGCGACACGCCGCUCCAAGAGGAGGAGGGACACUGCCACCGCCACGACCCCGGUGGACAACAACCACCUCAACAGGCCGCAGGUUCGCGUGCCGGAGGUGGGAGGCAUCGACGUGGACUUGCCAGACAUCCUGGAGCGGUGCCUGCAGUCUCCUGAGCGGCGGCCGGAGUGCGCGUGGUUCGCGCCCCAGACGCCGUACUUCUGCGGCCAGGACAGUCGCUGCAGGUCUGCGAGUGGGAAUGGCGCCUGGGCCCUGCAACACGCCAAGGCCAACAUGGACCAGUACUUCCCCGUGGUGGGCAUCCUAGAAGAGCUCAACGCGACUCUAGCAGUUCUAGAGAGCCGCCAGCCUCUGUUUUUCGCAGGCGUUAGAGACGUCUAUCGGCAUCAACUUCAUGAGCCGCACGUCAACUGGGACAGAAAGAAGACAUCCAAUUUCAAACCUGAAAUAAGAAGGAAAGUAGAGAAACGUUUAGCUUUGGAGUAUGAACUAUAUAUAUGGGCCAAACAGAGAUUAAUGUUGCAACACUUUGAAGAUUCUCAAAAAAUUCCCAUUCCCGACGAAGCCGGACAAGACAGAAUAGCUCAUUCUAUUCAUAAGAGAGCUCAUUCUCUACUGAAUGAGUAAAACUAUAAAAUAAAUGGUAUCACGAAACUUCAUACACCCGAAUAUUUUCGUAUUCAUAUUGUCGAGAGAUGAAGUGCCAUAAGUAUAAACAGUGAUUGUUAGGAGAAAAAACAAACAAAAACCAUCGGGCAAUAAAAAAGAUUUAUUUUGUUGUCUUAA